CAACCAUCCAGACAAUCGGCAGCACAAGACAAGCAGCAUGGGCGGCGGCAACGGACAGAAAUCUGCGACCAAGCGCGAGCGCAACAAUGCGAAGAAGAUGAAGGAGGCCAAGCAGAAGAACCACGCUGAGUCCAAGGCUAAGAUGGAGGCCGAUAAAGCCGGCAUCAAGUGCAAAAUCUGCAUGACUACGUUCCUCAUUACGGCCAGCAGGACGCAGCUGAACGACCACUUUGAGAGCAAACACUCGUCUAAGGGCUUUACAAUCGAGCAGUGUUUCCCUGGAAAGGUCUAACGAGGCACCAGCCAGCGCGCCAGACGGAUCCAUCAUAGCACUGACGGCUGUGGGGUUACUUUCUCCAUCUUCAUAUUUUUAUACUUUUUCAAGCAGAACGAGGGAGGACCACUGGUCAUCUGUAGCGAGGCCUAUUAGUACAGUGCAAAAGAGCAGGCGAGAGAGUUAGGUGGCCAUGCUUCGCUGCGCUGCGGCUUGUCUUACCAAUAAGAGAAGCACCAACUUCGUUUUUCUUCUUC